UGCCCCCCGGUCAGUCCCCCCCAAUCGCUGCUCCCCGUCUUCCUCGUCUCCGCGCCGGCCGCCGUCGCCUCCCCCACCCACCCACACACACACACACACCCCCGAGAGCGCGAGAAGAUGCAGCCCAAGAUCAACACGUUCUUCAAGCGCCAGGCCACGGGGCCGGAUUCGAACAGCGAAGCGACGGAGGCGAAGAGGCCCAAGAGCUGCGGCGACGGCAAGGUCCUCAACAAGAAGAGGAACUACGGGCAGUUCCACCUGGAGCUGGGGCAGCCUGAUUUCCUCCUCCACAUGUGCGCGGCCUGCGGCAUGAUGUAUGCCCGCGGCAACGACGAGGACGAGAAGGUCCACAGGGCCUACCACAAGAGCUACCUCGAGGGCGUCCCGUUCAAGGGUUGGCGCGAGGAAACCGUGGUUAUGAGGUCCGAGGGUGGUGACCGGAUAAUUCUAGCAAGCGGUGAAAACUCAUGCAUACGGAACAGCAAGGUUCAGGAGGUGAUCAAAGUGGUGGAGAAGGAGCUGGGGUUUGGUGAAGGCCAGCUCCUUCAUAAGCUCUGCAAGGUGUAUCUGUUUGUAUCUGGCGGGAGGAUAGCGGGGUGUCUAGUUGCCGAACCGAUAAAAGCAGCACACGAAGUUAUUCCAAGCUCUGCAUCGGAAAACCGAAGCAAUUUGCCGGACAAUAAAACUGAAUCAGCACAGGCAAAGCAUACAUUGGAGUUUGGGAAAAUAAGCUUCAAGAGGGAAGUCCUACGACGGCAUAAUCACCCCGACAAGAGUAAAGAAGAGUGCCAGGGCCCUGGUGCCAUAGUCUGUGAAGAAGAAGCUGUGCCCGCGCUCUGCGGAUUCCGGGCAAUCUGGGUGGUGCCAUCGCGCAGAAGAAAGGGAAUAGCGUCCCAGCUUGUGGACGCUGCAAGGAAAAGCUUCUGUGAAGGCGGCACGUUGGGGAUCUCACAAUGUGCUUUCACGCCUCCAACCUCUGAAGGGAAGGAGCUGGCAUCGACCUACUGCAAGACCAGUGCAUUCUUAGUCUACAGGGAUGGAGAUGUAUAGGAGAGGUGCUCCCAAAACUGGAAACCCAUGUGUUGAACAGUUGCAAAAGUCGUCAUGUCGAAUACUUGACACUUAAAUAGGGCAUUCUGCUCUCCUAGUGCUGAUGAUUCAAUGCACAUAAAGUUCCUGUUCCUAACAUGUUUUGUUAUUCCUCAGCAAAGAUAGUGUAAUUCUGUAACAAGCUAUUUCAUUAUCAGUUUGUCAA